AUGAUGAUAACUUAAUAGCAUUAGAAAAACAUUUCAAUUUAGUAACAACUUUAAAUUAACUUGAUUACAUAAAUGAUGAAGAUAUCUUCUUAAAAUCAAUAGCUAGAGUAAGAAGUUGUUUAUGAUGUUUGUUAUAACACUUAAUGUAUUUGUCUUUUUUUUGAAUGUGUAUUAAAUAACAUAUAUUAUUAAUAUUAAAUGUCAGAAGAAUUAGCCAAUACUGUUUAUCUUGGGGGAAUCCCUGAAGAUAUUACUGUAGAAUAAAUCAAACACUUAUUUAUAACAUUUGGUGAAAUUAAAUCUGUAGAUUUACCUAUAGAUAGUGAAACUUGUAUAAAUUAUCAAUAAUGAAGAAAAGAAUAGAGGAUUUGCAUUUAUAGAAUAUGAAGAUAUUGAAGAUGCUGAAGCUGCUAUUGAUAAUUAUGAUGAAGGAGAGUUAUUUGGUAAAAUAGUUAAAGUCAAACCUGCUAAGCCAUAUAAACCAAAAUCAUUUUAUACUAAACCUGUUUGGCAUUCUGAAGAUUGGCAAAGAAAAAAUAAUGAAGAAUAUACUUACAAAGAACGUGUUAGAAGAGAAAAAUAGAAAAAGAGAGAUGAAGAAGAAAGAAAAAAAGAAGAGGAAAAAGCUAAGAAAUAUUAAAAAAAAUAGUGA